AUGCGCAAAAUUACUCUGGGUCACACUGGUGACACUGGUCACACUGGUCACAAUGGUCAGACUAAUCACACUGGUCACACUAGUCACACUGGUCACACUGGUCACAAUGGUCAGACUAAUCACACUGGUCACACUAGUCACACUAGUCACACUGGUCACAAUGGUCACACUGGUCACAAUGGUCACAAUGGUCACACUGGUCACACUGGUCACAAUGGUCACAAUGGUCACAAUGGUCACACUGGUCACACUGGUCACAAUGGUCACACUGGUCACAAUGGUCACAAUGGUCACACUGGUCACAAUGGUCACACUGGUCACAAUGGUCACAAUGGUCACAAUGGUCACACUGGUCACACUGGUCACAAUGGUCACAAUGGUCACACUGGUCACACUGGUCACACUGGUCACAAUGGUCACAAUGGUCACAAUGGUCACACUGGUCACAAUGGUCACACUGGUCACAAUGGUCACAAUGGUCACACUGGUCACACUGGUCACAAUGGUCACACUGGUCACAAUGGUCACAAUGGUCACACUGGUCACAAUGGUCACACUGGUCACAAUGGUCACAAUGGUCACAAUGGUCACACUGGUCACACUG